AUGGCGGACGGGGCCGGUAGCAACGGGGACGCCGCGGGGCUGCCGGUGGGCAAGGAGGCAGUGGACCGGCUGAUCCGGGAGAACGGGCACAUCUUCACCGAGGCCCAGUGCAAGGUGUGCAGCGCCCUGCUCAUCUCCGAGUCCCAGAGGCUGGCCCACUACCAGAGCAAGAAGCACGCCAACAAGGUGAGGCGGUACCUGUCCAUCCACGGCGGAGAGGAGCUCGCCCACGGGAAGAAGAUGAAGCUGGAUGUGAAGCAGGACAGCAAGCAGGAAGGCAGCAAUGGGGAAGACAGGAACAAGUGUUGUCCCAUCUGCAACAUGACCUUUUCUUCUCCAGCCGUGGCAACAUCUCACUACUUGGGCAAGACCCAUGCUAAGAACAUGAAGCAGCAGUCCCCCAAAGUGGAAGAACCAGUGCCCCCACAGAAGCAUCCUGCCACCCUCCCCACUUCUACUGUGUCUUCUAACGAAGCAAACAAGGACAUUACUGACCCAGACAAGUUCUGUAGCCUCUGCCAUGCCACUUUCAACAAUCCCCUCAUGGCAAAACAGCAUUAUGUAGGCAAGAAGCACAGAAAGCAAGAGACCAAACACAAGCUGAUGGCACACUAUGGUCGAACCCCUGAUGCACCAGCGGCGUCCUUCAUGGCUGGGAAGGGGUACCCCUGCAGCACAUGUAACAUAGUGCUGAACUCCAUAGAGCAGUACCAAGCUCACAUCAGUGGCUUCAAACACAAGAAUCAGAUGCCAGGAGCAGUGCCAGUUGUUGGAUCAUUCGCACCACAGCAGUAUGUCCGGGAAGAGUCAACUGCCCCAGGAGGCUACAGUUAUUUCAGCCAAGACUUCUAGAGCAAGUUGCAGCACUGUUCUUGGAGUUGUUGGUGUCCCAAGAACACACAUCCUUUGCCAGCCCACAAUGGUUUCAUUAUCCCUCUGGAUAAGCAAAGCCCUACCCUCCUGUAUGCACCCGUUGAGCAGAACGGGGACUGAAUCUAUCAGGAAGAGGAUCAAGUUGGAAGAGACUUGCUAGACAGCAAAUAUUUCACUCCCUUAGAGUAGUUUUCAUUGUAUAAUUGCUUCCUGUGAAGGUGGGUGCAGUGUGAGAGGAGGUGUGUAUCUGGUAUAAGGAAGGUUUGGCAACAAGCUGAAAGUGGCCACCUCCUCCCUCACCAGAGCAAAUAAUGGAUUCCUGCACCUGGAGAGCCAGCAUCCCAUGCUCAGAGGUCACUUUUACUGGAGGAGAGCUCCUAGACCAUAAUGAGUAGUGCUUAUGUGGGACACAGUGCAGGUUGUCUAGCUUUGUACAGGCCAAAAAAGUAGGAACUAACCAAAGUGGCAUCUCCUUCCAUGCUUCCCUUGGUCAGGUUUGUGUGCAGAAUUUCAUGAGCCACUGGUUGCCAUCAGAGCCUCUUGCAGUACCACCGCCGUUGGUUCUGGUUGUUUGGGUCUAACAAGUGCAAGCUGCUGUUGGUGAGAGUGGAGGGCUGUAAGAAAGGUUUGAGAUCCUGGCUCUCCACACAGCUCAUCCUUCUGUUGUGAGGAUUUCCAUGUGGAAGGAAGUAACUGUUCAGCCUGGUUUCCUAUGGAAACAGGUGUACGUGAUCAUUCACCGUGUGUGUCUUUACCCCCUGUGACUUAAACUAAUUUCAGCCAAACUUGGCAGCAAUGGAGAUCUCCAAGAUCUGCAUCUGAUCAGCAGAGGAAGGUAGAGCAAGGGUGAGUUCAUCUCUAAUU